AUGCCAUUGCAAGGCCGGCAGCCAUCAGCAUCAGUGGCACUCAGGAUCAUGCAUCCGGAGCAGUACUGGGCAGGGUUACAAACAUUUUCAAGCCUUGGAGAACAGGCAGAAAGCAAGGAACUGCCAAGAAUGUCCGAGAUCCUGGAGUACUGGGCAUCCGUGUUUAACACCCUAUCCAUCAUUUCCAAUCGUCAAACCCCAUAUCAUCGAGACCAUUUAUCAAUUCCUGAAUGCUUCGAUAUUCUCACCACUGUGGGGAAUUAUUCUAAUGCUCGGAUGAGCAUGCCAAGCCGAGUUUGGGUGUAUGAUUGGAUUUUCAGACAUGGGGUUCAUGAGGUGGAGGGGGAUAGGGUUGGGUGGGCAUGGUAUAUGAGGGACUCUGUUCAUAUUUAUGCCGGGGUUCCCUCAUGCGGAUGGGCUAGGGUGGAUUGA